AUGGACGACGAAAUUGAAUCUAUCCUCCACAUUGCCCGAGAAGUAUCAGGUCUGACUUACAAAGUCGUGUUUGAAGGCUUUCCUGACGACGAUUUAGUAUACAAGAUCCCACCUCUGUCGACCAAUGCAGGCCAUAGAGCAGGGGAAUGGGGAGAUCUUGCUCAACCCUUGUGGAAGGGCCGACUUCGCAUUAUCGAAACAUCGAAGGGCGUGAACCUCGUAUUUGAGGACUCUCAGACAGGGGAAUUAUUUGCCAAAACACCCUAUGACCCUGACAGGCCAUCGGUUGAAGCAGUACUCGACUCUUCUCGAUACUUCGUGGUACGUGUCGAGGAUGCUGGACGGAAGGCGUACAUCGGCAUGGGCUUUGUGGAGAGAACAGACAGUUUCGAUUUCAAUGUGGCACUGCAGGACUAUAGCAAGAGAUACAAAGCUGCACGAAAUGCGGCGUUGGAGCCAGAAAAUCCUGAUCCUCAAGCACCAGCUGCCCCGAAGAAAGAUUAUACCCUCAAGGAAGGCCAGACCUUCUCUAUCAGCAUUCCCGGUCGUAGCAAACCAGCCGAUUCUUCGAGUCUCUUCGAAUCAAACUCGACCGGCGGUAUCUCGACCAACAGUUCUGGUGGCGCUUUCCCCCUUCUACCUCCCCCUCCGAGUGCGAACAAGAGACGAUGA